GGCGUCCAGAAUUCAUUCUCGACAGGUUUCGUUACAUAAAGCGUUUUCUAUCCGCACAAGGAAAUAAUUGGUAGACGACGACUGGCACGAUUCUUGCUUGCCGCGCGCCGCACACACGACAUGUCGUCCGCUCUGGGGAAACGCAAGGAGCGCGAAGACGAAGAUACAACGACCGCAAAUCAUGGUUCUACGUUGUUUGUCUCAAAUCUGCCGUACACCGCGACGUCGACCGACCUACAGACGCUGUUCUCCGACAUCGCUCCCGUGCGCUCGGCAUUUGUCGUUACGGAGCACGGAUCGGGAGUCUCCAAGGGCGUGGGCUAUGUAUCCUUUGCGAUCAAAGAGGAUGCGCAAGGCGCCUACGAUAAGAUUGCGGAAGAAGGCAUAGAGCUCGACGGGCGGAAACUGAGGGUAACGUGGGCGGAGAAGAAGGGAAAGCACGACGAGUUUCCUAAAAAGCGCAAGAACGACGACGAUGCGGCAGAGUCGACUACCAAGCCGAAACUGCAGAGGAAGCAGACGCCUAAAGCGGGCCCCUCAUUGUCUAAAGCCCCCGACCCGCUCGCAAUCCGCACCGUUGUCGUUUCCGGCUUGCCCUCUGGACUCGACACCAAAACGCUGUGGAAGAAGGUGCGCAAGAGCGCCGGCGCCGAGAAGGUCGAUUGGCCGCUCAAAGCCGCUGACGGGUCCGAGGAUCCUGCCGUUGCCCACGUGUUGUUCUCCACCCCUGCCCAAGCGCAGGACGCUGUCAACAAGCUGCACGCGCACGUCUACAAAGGCGCGCUGCUCUCUGCGACGCUCAAGAAGCGCAUACAGGGGCUCGCGAAGGCGAAGGUCAAGGCCUCCGCGUCUACGAAGAAGGCGAAGGACGCGCCAAGCCCGGCAAGUCGGCUCAUCGUCCGCAACCUGCCGUUCAACGUGAGCGAACAGGACCUCCGCGCCGUCUUUCUACCCUGCGGCCCGAUCUACUCCGUGCACAUCCCGACCAAGCGGCCGGAAACGGAGGACGAAGAUGCAGAUGCAAAUGCGGGGAAGAAGGAGCCGCGACAAAGGGGGUUCGCGUUCGUAUGGAUGUUCAGCAAGAAGGAUGCGGAGAAGGCGAUCGAGCGGUGUAAUGGUGCGAAGGUGCGAAGCGGGAUGGCGGAGCGGAUGGUGAGGGAUAAACAGCGAAAGAAGAAGGAGGUGAGGGAAGAGAGGAAACGAGAGGUGGCGGAAAAGAGGAGGCUCGCGAAGAAGGUGAAGGAGAAUGAGGAGGAAGGUGAAGACGAGGGUGAGGAGGAUGGUGGCGAAGCCUCGGCAGAGGACGAGGAGGAAGAAGAGUCGGCCACCAACGAGCGAGUUAUUGCGGUGGAUUGGGCGCUGAGUAAGGGCAAGUGGGAGGAGGAGAAGGCGAAGAUGGAGCAAGAGCAGGAGGAUGUUUCCGAUCAGGAGGCAAGCUCGAGCAACGCAAGCUCCGCCGAAGAAGAGGCGAGCAGUGAAAGUGAAGGCAGCGUCUCGGACGCAGAGAGCGCAAUUUCAGACGAGGAAGGGGACGAAGAUGCGCGCAGCGCAGACGGCGACGACGACGCUCCACAAAAGCCGCAGCUGCCUGCCACGGACGUUGGCACGACGCUUUUCGUGCGCAAUGUUCCCUACGAGGCCACCGAAGAGGAAAUGCGCACCCUCUUCCGCGCCUUUGGCCCGCUGCGUUACGCGCGCAUCACUAUCGACCCGGAGACAGGCCGCUGCCGCGGGACAGGAUUCGCGUGCUUCUGGAACAAGGAGGACGCGGACAAGGCGAUCGAGCAGAGCGAGCUGCUCAAAGCCGAGACCGGGCUUGGAUCCACACCGGCGAAGGAGAAGAAGAACCCGUUCAAGCUGCCGUCGAUGCUGACGCCGGACCCGUCCGCGGGCCUAGCGCGCAACCUCGUGCUGCACGGACGCACGCUCGACGUCGUCCGGGCGGUGACGAGGGACGAGGCGGGCAAGCUGAAAGAGGCUGGCGAGCGCGCACGUGAGAAGGCGGACAAGCGAAACCUGUAUCUCCUUCGCGAAGGACUGAUAUUGCCGAACUCGCCCGCGGCGGCGGGGCUCGCACCGGCCGAGCUCGAGAAGCGCGCGGCUGCGCACGACGCGAGAAAGCGGCUAUUGAGGACGAAUCCGCUGUUGUACGUGUCGCGGACGCGGCUGAGUGUGCGCGGGUUACCGACGUUCGUGACGGAUCGGACCCUGAAGCGGAUGGCGAUCCAUGCCGUCCGGGCUUUCGAGGCCGAGGUCGGGGAGGGGGUGAGGGAGCCGCUCAGUAAGGAGGAGUUGUUCGAGCCCAUUCACGAGGAUGGGGAGCAGAAGGAAGGGAAGAAGAGCAAGAAGGGGAGACAUACGGCCGUGAAGCAGGCCAAGGUUGUGUUACAGACGGACCGGGUCGAUCCCAUCACGGGGAAGGGGAGGAGCAAAGGGUACGGAUUCGUGGAGAUGCAUACGCACGCGGACGCGCUGCGCGUGUUGAGGUGGGCGAAUAAUAACCACGAGCUGGGCGCGCUGUGGAGGGAGUGGUGGAAGGCCGAGCUCGAGGAUCUGAUCAAGGCCGAGAAGGGGAAGAAGAAGGCCGAGGGAGACGAUGAGGCGAGGGUGAAGAGGAUGGAGGAAGAGCUGGAGAGGGUGAGGGAGGAGACAGGUGAUGGGAAGGUUAAGGCGAAGGGCGCGUUGAUCGUGGAGUUUUCGAUCGAGAACGCGCAGGUGGUGCAGAGGCGGGCGGCGAAGAUCAAGGAAGCGAAAACGGGAGAGGGAGCGAGGGGGCGUCGUGAAAGCGACGAUCGUGCGAGAGGACGCGAUGCUCAGCGGGGCGAUAGGUCAAAAUCGCGCGACGGCGGCGAGCGGUCCAAGGCUCGCAACGGGGAUGGACGUAAAUCUCGCGAAGGGGCAGGCUCGGACAAGAAGGCGUGUGCGGGCGAAGCUCGCGAGGACGAAAAGGCGGAACGCGCCAAGCGGAAACGGAGCGUGGACGACGCGAAGCCGGGAAAUUCUGAUGCGAAAACCGAUGAGGACAAGCCCGGGCGGACGCUCGGGUCGAUCAUAGGGCGGAAACGGAAGAAGAGAAAGACGGGACAUUGA